AAAAUAUACUUUUAAUAUGCCAUAAAAAAUAUUUUUUUAACCAAUUACAUAGAUUUAGCAAAAAAUAAGAAAAAAAAAAAAGAAAAAAGAAAAAGAUUAAGUACUAAUUAUUUGGAAGAGGAGGAUACUACAGAAUUUCAGUUGAUCGAAAAAAUUGGCGAAAAUGGCUGCGGCUGCUUCUUCUUCCUCUUUACUGUUGAAUCCUUUGACUUCUCCUCUCUGCAAUUCCAAGAAAUCAUCCACAGACCCUACUUCGGAGACUCUGAGAGUGCGUCUUUUGGGUUCUGUCACUACUGCAGCUGCUCCUCUCAGAUUGACGAGGCAACACAAGAAGCAUGGGAAGGUGUCGUAUUCCGGUCUCUCUGUUACCUGCAAAGCUGUGUCCGUCCCUCCUCAGACUGAGAUUGAAGGUCUUAACAUUGCUGAAGACGUCACUCAGCUUAUUGGAAAAACACCGAUGGUGUAUUUGAACAAUAUUGUGAAAGGUUCUGUUGCAAACAUUGCUGCCAAGCUUGAGAUCAUGGAACCAUGUUGCAGUGUCAAGGACAGGAUAGGUUACAGUAUGAUAGCUGAUGCUGAGAAAAAAGGAGUUAUAACACCUGGAAAGAGUAUUCUAGUGGAACCUACAAGCGGGAACACUGGCAUUGGCCUUGCAUUCAUAGCUGCUUCAAGAGGUUAUCGGCUCAUCUUGACAAUGCCAGCAUCAAUGAGUUUGGAAAGAAGAGUUCUUUUCAAAGCAUUUGGAGCUGAGCUUGUUUUAACUGAUGCAGCAAAGGGCAUGAAAGGGGCAGUUCAGAAAGCUGAAGAGAUUUUGAAAAGCACACCCAACGCAUACAUGCUGCAACAGUUUGACAAUCCUGCAAAUCCUAAGAUACAUUAUGAGACAACUGGUCCAGAGAUCUGGGAGGACACAAAAGGAAAAGUGGACAUUUUUGUUGGAGGGAUUGGAACUGGGGGAACAAUAACGGGAGUAGGUCGGUUUCUUAAAGAGAAAAAUCCUAAAAUCAAGGUUGUUGGUGUGGAACCUUCAGAGAGCAACAUACUUUCUGGUGGAAAACCUGGUCCUCACAAGAUUCAAGGGAUUGGAGCUGGAUUUGUACCACGGAACUUGGAUCAAGAAGUGCUUGAUGAAGUUAUAGAGAUAUCCAGUGAUGAAGCUGUUGAAACAGCAAAGCAGUUGGCACUGCAGGAAGGCUUGUUGGUUGGCAUAUCUUCUGGAGCAGCAGCUGCUGCUGCUAUAAAAGUUGGAAAAAGACCUGAGAAUGCUGGGAAGUUGAUUGCGGUAGUGUUUCCCAGCUUCGGAGAAAGAUACCUGUCAACUGUCCUUUUCCAGUCUAUUCGAGAAGAAUGUGAGAAAAUGCAGCCUGAACCAUAAAAAUCCCUUCUAUAAUUUAUUGACAGGAGGAAACUAUUUUUUUGGACCUUUGCUUUCCCUUUGUUAAUAGUAAGUACACCAACUGGGCAUAUUUGUUUUGAAUUUCCACUUCCACACUUUGUGACCUUACUAACCUUUAAGUGAAACUCCUGUAUCUAUGUAUGAUUUUCUUCUACUUAGUCUUUAUAAUUAUAGCUCUCUGAUUCAAUAAUCAAUAUCAGUUGAA